UCCAGGUAAGACCUCUAUAAAGAAGAGCCACUCACUCCUCUUUCCCCAAAGUGCUCGACUACAUCGCUAAGACUUGAAGUCCACUCGAGGUUCACAACUAUUACUACUUUGCUGCUUAAAUCUCACUCAUCUUCUCGAAUCCAUCUCCUUCUGGCAACACAUUUAUGGACCAAUUAGUGUCAUUCGAGGCUCUCCUAUUUCCUUCUGACGGACGCAAUCCACAUAUGGUGGCUUUGAUGACAAGCCCCAUGUCGGUACCCGACCCGCAUGCUCCAUAUAGCACCCUGCCUUCUCGGAUGCCACAUCCUGAAGUCUAUAUGGACUACAUCGCCGAAGGCCUCGGUCCCCGAGCCUGGCAUUAUCAUCUCGUCGAGGCUCUCGACGGUAUGAACAAAAAAUUCGUUAAUCCUUACGUUAUCUACUAUCCGACCGUCUCUCGUGAUGGGAUGCCCUUCCCUAUCAAUAAGUGUAUCAGGGAGAUCCAGGGGCGAUCAUUCAGAGAGGCAACUGCGUGGCGCGGAAAUAUCAUCAUCGCCAAGUAUCGGGAGAGCCCCUUCUCAUCAAUGGUCAAUGGAUCAAUCGCUGACUUCCCAAUAUUGAGGAACUACUUUAUGACGCACGGUGCGCCUCAGUCCUAAAAAAACCGGCACUUAGCUGUAUGCGGAUGCCGACCCGAAGAUGCUUCUGUGACACGGACAAUCUACUUCAUGUCAUGACGAAAAAAACUUAUGUAGAUAUGCUAGAUGCAACA